AUGUCAGACGGCGUCGAUGAAGCAAAUGGCGGCACUGCCAUAAGCCGGAAACGUUCAAAUUCCCGAGCGCGUAGUUCAAGGCCCACAACACCCCUUCGACCAUCCUCACGAUCAUCCUUCCGAGACUCUGCCCGCAAUGUCCGUGGCGGUGGUGCGGAGUUUCCGCUGAAUGCCUUUGAGCCUGCUUUCGCAGAGCUUUCAGACGCUAUGGCUGAUCUUGAGGCCAACAUGAUGCAUUUUCAACUUAUGCACGAAAGUCUUGCCCGCUUCAGCGAGUCGUUUGCUAGUUUUCUAUAUGGGCUCAACAUGAAUGCGUUUUGUGUCGACUUUCCAGAGGUAUAA